AUGACAGGAACACCAGUAUUUCAGUAUAAGAUACAGUAUGAAGCGUGGUAUUUUAUAGUGACUUCGAGUGGGUUGCACUUUUAUUUUAAUAAGUCAAAACGGAAGUCUUAUUGGCAAUUGUAUGAUGUUUUCGAAGAUAAUCCUGGCAUCGACCAGAAUGAGUUUAUCAAUUGCAUUAACAUGGAAGAUAUUGCAUUGUUGAUGUGCAGAGUCAAUGGUUUAAAGGGGUUGGAUGGAUACUUCUUUAAGGAGUCAAAAAGAAAUGAGAAGGAUUUACAGAAGAAAUCUAUAGAUGUGGAUAGUAUAAACACCCGUAGCAGAGAUGAGGAAGGAGUAGAAGAGGAAAUAGUUGACAAACAAGGAACAACAGAAAGUGAAGAAGAGGAGGAAGAGAUAGUGGAAUAUGACAAAGAUGCAAAAGAAGAGUUUAUACGUAAUUUGCUUCUAGAAGAAGGGUACAUGCAAGAAGAGGCAGAAAAGAAAGAUGAAGAGACUCCGGAUGUAUUGAACCUAGGAUAUUCAUCGAGUGAAGAUGACUCUGAAGCAGAAGAAGACCGGGAUAUAAAAAACGACCAGGAUGACAAUAAUGAGGAAGAAAUAAGGCAUAACGAUAUACAUGAUGAUAAACGUAAGAAUACCGAUGAAGACCAUAAUGAGACAGACCUAUAUCAAGACCAAAUAGAAGAGAAAGGUGAAGUGCACAACGAAGAGAAAAAGGAAGAGAAAUAUGAUGGUGAACAAAGUGAAGAAGACCAUGAUGAACACAAAAUACAUGAUGCUGAUGAUAGUGACGACGAAACUCAAGGCAAUCGGGGUUUAGACCUAUCACUAUCUGAGGAUGAAAUAGACGCUACAAAAGAAUUUUUACAAUUACUUGAUUCCUACAAAGAUAGGAUAUCGGUGUACGAUCCAUGGUUUUUAAUCGAAGAAGAAUUGCUACCUGAACUUAUUACAAAACCUGAAUAUUAUUCUAUUGAUGAUUCAUCAGAAAGAGAGAGGAUAUUCAACCAGUGGUGUAAAAUUCAACAAGAUGAACCACAAGAAACAAUUUCUGAUACUGGUGUCCAACAACCUGAUGUGUACCCCACUAUAACUCAGAUGUAUUUUAGAUAUCUUCAAAAUCAUAAGAAGGAGCUCAAGAAAUAUUUCUAUUCCGAAUUCAGCACUAAGUUUUCAAAUGAAAUUGACCUAACUUUUGGUGAAUUACUUGCGAAAGAGAGAGAAUCGCUUUACCGUCAAUAUAAAAUCAUGAUAACUGAUUACGCAGAAUACGAAAAAAAGAUGAAGAAAUCUGGCCUGAAUGAUGCAAACUUGAAAAAACUAAAGCUUAUCACCUUCUUGAAUAAGAACAGAAAAUGUCUUCCAAAUAACGCAAUAAGAGAAGAUGUUUUGCAAAUAGAGAAUUCAACUGAGGACGCAUUUAGCAAGUGGGCGAAAAUUUGUAAUUUGUAUAAUAUACCUACAUCAAUAGGUAAUAACGUUGAAAACUUCAUAGUCGGCGAUGAAAAGCGGUUGCAAUCAUAUAUAGAAACGAUAACUAAGUCAUAA